UCCAGCCUCAGCAACAGACAUCUACACACCAUUCACUGAGGACACGCCCUCGGUGGGCCAGCGCCUCCUCAACUCUGUUCUCAACACCCUCAUCAUGAUCAGCGUCAUCGUGGUUAUGACCAUCUUCUUGGUGGUGCUCUACAAGUACCGCUGCUACAAGUUCAUCCAUGGCUGGUUGAUCAUGUCUUCGCUGAUGCUGCUGUUCCUCUUCACUUAUAUCUACCUUGGGGAAGUGCUCAAGACCUACAAUGUGGCCAUGGACUACCCCACCCUCUUGCUGACUGUCUGGAACUUCGGGGCGGUGGGCAUGGUGUGUAUCCACUGGAAGGGCCCCCUGGUGCUGCAGCAGGCCUACCUCAUCAUGAUCAGUGCACUCAUGGCCUUGGUGUUCAUCAAGUACCUCCCAGAGUGGUCCGCGUGGGUCAUCCUGGGCGCCAUCUCUGUGUACGAUCUCGUGGCUGUGCUGUGUCCCAAAGGGCCUCUGAGAAUGCUGGUAGAAACUGCCCAGGAGAGAAACGAGCCCAUAUUCCCUGCCCUGAUAUACUCAUCCGCCAUGGUGUGGACGGUCGGCAUGGCGAAGCUGGACCCCUCCUCUCAGGGUGCCCUCCAGCUCCCCUAUGACCCGGAGAUGGAAGAAGACUCCUAUGACAGUUUUGGGGAGCCUUCAUACCCCGAAGUCUUUGAGCCUCCCCUGACUGGCUACCCAGGGGAGGAACUGGAGGAAGAGGAGGAAAGGGGUGUGAAGCUUGGCCUCGGGGACUUCAUCUUCUACAGUGUGCUGGUGGGCAAGGCGGCGGCCACAGGCAGCGGGGACUGGAAUACCACGCUGGCCUGCUUCGUCGCCAUCCUCAUUGGCUUGUGUCUGACCCUUCUGCUGCUUGCUGUCUUCAAGAAGGCGUUGCCCGCCCUCCCCAUCUCCAUCACGUUUGGGCUCAUCUUUUACUUCUCCACGGACAACCUGGUGCGACCAUUCAUGGACACCCUGGCCUCCCAUCAGCUCUACAUCUGAGGGACGUGGUGCGCCACAGGCCGCAAGCUGCCUGGAAUUUUCACUGGAUGCGGUUGUAUAGUUUUACACUCUAGUGCCAUAUAUUUUUAAGACUUUUCUUUCCUUAAAAAAAAUAAAGUGCGUACUUACUUGGUGAGGAGGAAGCAGAACCAGCUCUUUGGGGCCAGCUGUUUCAUCACCAGACUUUGGUUCCCUCUUUGGGGAGCGCCUCACUUCAUGGACAGGAAGCACAGCAGGUUUAUCCAGAUGAACUGAGAAGAUCAGAUCAGGGUGGGGAAAGCAUCUGGCAUGAGGGCCGAGAUACAUAAAGAUGUGCCUCUGUUUGGGAUCAGGACCGCGUGCUCGGGAGUGGCCCCGGCACCUGGGUCCUCUGGCUGGAAAGGAAAAGCCAGUUCCCUACGAGGAGUGUUCCAAUGCUUUGUCCGUGAUGUCCUUGUUGUUUUGUUGCCUUUAGAAACCGAGUCCUGUUCUUGUUACGGCAGUCACACUGCUGGGAAGUGGCUUAAUAGUAAUAUCAAUAAAUACAUGAGUCCUAUU